AUGUACAACGAUGAGUCGGUGCUGGAACAGCAUCAUCUCGCCGUAGCAUUCAAGCUGCUUCAGGAUUCCAAUUGUGACUUCAUCGUUUCACUCAACAAAAAGCAACGACAGUUAUUUCGAAAGCUCGCUAUCGAAAUGGUCCUUGCAACAGAUAUGUCAAAACAUAUGAGCAUACUGGCCGAUCUGAAAACGAUGGUUGAAGCAAAGAAAGUGGCCGGUUCAUCCGUUCUCACACUGGAUAAAACCGAUCGAAUACAG